GAGAGUCAGCAGGUCCCUCCUCUUGUGCAGAAGGUACCAGUGCCUUGAAUCCAUCUUACAAGAAUGGCCUGAGAUGAUGCAGCAGUGGAAGAAAUAUGGGACAAGCACUGCCAUCUUUUACAUCCACGUAAUGAACACCCAGAGAGGUGUGGCAAGCAGGACUGGGGAAAUGAUAGAGGGAGAGAUUAGGCCCUUUUUUUCUUUCACCAGCUGGCAAGAGAUACAGAGAUGACCUACAAUGGGUGAGGGGUGCCUUGAAUGUGUGUGGAGUAUUGCUGGCACAUAAACCAGGUGAUUGAAGACCAGAAGAAGUCGAGGUCACCUUGUCCCACAUAGGACCAGUUGAAAGAACUUUGGCUCGGAAAAGAGGGAAGGAAUAAAAUGCUUGGAAGUACUUGGUAUUGUUGAUCACCUGUACCCUGGCACAAGAGCUCCAGCUUAAUCCUUUUCAAACUCUUCUCUCAGAACAUGGGGGAAACCGAUGAUGAAAAAUACACCCAAGCUGGUCAGAUAUUUGAGAACUUUGUACAAGCAACAACAUGCAAAGGCACCAUUCAGGCCUUUAAUAUUCUCACUCGCCAACUUGAAUUAGAUCCUUUGGACAACAGAAACUUUUACACCAAACUAAAAUCAAGAGUGACCACAUGGAAGGCCAAAGCUUUGUGGAACAAGCUUGAUAAAAGAGCAAGUCACAAAGAGUAUAAGCGUGGAAGAUCUUGUAUGAACACUAAGUGUUUAAUUAUUGGAGGUGGCCCAUGUGGCUUGCGGACUGCCAUAGAACUUGCCUUCCUGGGAGCCAAAGUCGUCGUCGUGGAGAAGCGGGACACUUUUUCAAGAAACAAUGUGUUGCACCUCUGGCCAUUUACCAUCCACGACCUCCGGGGACUGGGAGCAAAGAAAUUUUAUGGAAAAUUCUGUGCAGGAUCUAUUGAUCACAUCAGUAUUCGACAGCUUCAACUUAUCCUCUUCAAAGUCGCACUUAUACUGGGCGUUGAAAUCCAUGUGAAUCUAGAAUUCGUGAAAGUCCUGGAGCCUCCUGAAGAUCAAGAAAACCAAAAAACAGGCUGGAGGGCUGAAUUUCUCCCCAUGGAUCACCCUUUGUCAGAGUAUGAAUUUGAUGUUAUUAUUGGAGCGGAUGGCCGCAGGAACACCUUAGAAGGUUUCAGGAGGAAGGAGUUUCGUGGAAAGCUGGCCAUAGCCAUCACUGCCAAUUUUAUAAACAGAAAUACAACUGCAGAAGCCAAGGUAGAAGAAAUUAGUGGAGUUGCUUUUAUCUUCAAUCAGAAGUUCUUCCAGGACCUUAAAGAGGAAACGGGGAUUGACCUGGAGAACAUUGUUUACUAUAAAGAUAGCACUCAUUAUUUUGUGAUGACAGCAAAAAAGCAGAGUCUUCUGGACAAAGGAGUGAUUAUUAACGACUCCAUUGAUACAGAGUUGCUGCUCUGCGGAGAAAACGUUAACCAGAACAAUUUGCUGUCCUACGCCAGAGAAGCUGCUGACUUUGCAACCAAUUACCAGCUGCCUUCCUUGGAUUUUGCAAUUAAUCACUAUGGCCAACCAGAUGUAGCAAUGUUUGAUUUUACUUCCAUGUAUGCCUCUGAAAAUGCUGCACUAGUGAGAGAGAGGCACAGACAUCAGCUUCUAGUGGCACUUGUUGGAGAUAGUUUGCUUGAGCCCUUCUGGCCGAUGGGUACUGGCUGUGCAAGAGGCUUCCUGGCCGCUUUUGACACUGCGUGGAUGGUGCGGAGCUGGGCUCAAGGGAAACCCCCCCUGGAGAUCCUUGCUGAACGAGAGAGCAUUUAUCGACUCUUGCCUCAGACGACCCCUGAAAACAUUAAUAAGAACUUUGACCAGUAUACCAUUGACCCAGGAACAAGAUACCCAAACUUGAACUCGAGCUGCGUUCGACCUCAUCAGGUGAGGCAGUUAUAUGUCACCAACGAGUUACAGCAGUGUCCUCUUGAAAGAGUGAGCUCCAUCAGAAGAUCGGUGAAUCUCUCCAGACAUGAGUCAGACAUUCGACCCAACAAGCUCUUGACGUGGUGUCAGAAGCAGACGGAAGGAUACCGGAACGUUAACGUCACGGACCUCACUACCUCCUGGAAGAGCGGCCUUGCCUUGUGCGCGAUUAUCCAUCGCUUCAGGCCUGACCUCAUUGACUUUGAUGCUCUGAACGAAGAGGAUGUUGUCAAGAACAACCAGCUGGCGUUCGAUGUUGCCGAGCAGGAGUUUGGGAUCCCCCCCGUGACCACGGGGAAGGAAGUGGGGUCGGCCGGGGAGCCCGACAAGCUCAGCAUGGUCAUGUACCUCUCCAAGUUUUACGAGCUGUUCCGGGGCACACCUCUGCAGGCCGUAGAUGCUGGUGAGAAGCAAAAUGGAGAAAAUAAUGAUCUUGGUUCAGAAAAAUCAUCAAGCUCCCUCUCUAAUAAUUAUUUAAAUUUAACUUUACCAAGAAAACGAGUACCAAAGGUUGAAGGGAAAACGGAAGAAAACGAGACUAACAAGAGACGUCGGAAAGGUCUCCUUGGUGUCUUUGAGGAGACUUCGAGCUUUUCAAGCCAAGGGACAAAUGCUGGGAAAGCACAGAGUAAUGGCAGAGAAGGAAUGAACCAGAACAAAGUUAAAUCAAUGGCAACUCAGCUGUUGGCAAAGUUUGAAGAGAGUACUUCAAACACGAUUUUGCGGAGACAGGAGGUAAUAGAUAGACCAGCCCUGCUUGCUUCUGACCCUCCUGCUAAUCCUCGCUUUGCUAAACCUGUGGAUCCAAGUCUUCUUCCACCUCAACCAAAAAGGCAGGUGGUAGCUAGGAGUGAACACGAGGUCAGGGAACCCAAACAGUCUUUCAAUGGUUCUGAUCAUAUGGCCAGGAGAGCAAAGACUGUACAAAAACCAGAUACCCAGCCCAGUCUGUCAGAAACCUCUGAAAAUCUCGCAUCUGCCUGUUCUGCUGCAUUUGUACUUUCUGGAGUGCUUGAGCGUCUUCAGCACCUGGAGGAAAAAAUGAAACAGAAAAGAGCUCAGACUAUAGCAAAUAGGGAAUUCCAUAAAAAGAAUAUUAAAGAGAAAGCAGCACAUCUUGCCUCAAUGUUUGGAUACAUGGAGUUUCCAAAGAAUAAGCUACCCACUAAAGGCUUACCCCAUUCUCAGCCCCCAACUCCCUCUUGCCCUCCAUCUCAUCAUUCAGCUGCUGCUGCUGCUUCAUCAUCUGUCGGUUCAGCUUCCUCUGCUGUUCCUUCUCGACAGACGACUGUAGGAAAGGUCUCACGUGCAAUUGGAGCUGUGGCUGAAGUUCUUGUAAAUCUGUAUGUGAAUGAUCACAGACCCAAGCCACAGCUUGAACUGAAGCGAUCUCUGGACAGAGCUACAGGUUCUUGCCCCACUCCUCACUCUCCAUCUGCUGCCUCCACUGCUCAGAGCUGUAAGGGUUCUCUGCGAAAAGAAUUUCCUCAGUCUAUUGGGGGGAGUGACAUCUGUUAUUUCUGCAAAAAACGGGUCUAUGUGAUGGAGCGGCUGAGUGCAGAAGGCCACUUCUUCCACAGGGAGUGCUUCAAGUGUGAAAUAUGUUCUACAACACUCCGGUUAGGAAUUUAUGCCUUUGAUGUUGAAGAAGGUAAAUUUUACUGUAAACCUCAUUUUACACACUGCAAAAUCAGUACAAAACACAGAAAGAGAAGAGCAACAUUGCCAAUCCCAGGAAAGGAGGCAGCAGAAGCAUGGAAGAAAAUGGAACCUAAACCCCCAGAGACCACCACAGAAAGCACUUUGUCUGCUGCUAGCAGUCCAGAGGACAGGUCCCCAGGCUGCUGCCUGCCCUUGGCUGAUGAACCCACCUCCCCCAAGAAGGCGAAGAGCAUCCCUGGGUGCUGCGGCUCGGAGAGCUGGUUCUCACCCCCUUCCACCAGGUGUUCUGCCAUAAGGAUCAUCCCCGAGGAGGAGAUGACUGAACAUAACUUUCUUGCCAUCCGAGUCAUGGUCACCAGUGAUGCAAGCAGCUCUGAGCUGGAGUCUGAUUUCAACGGUGACUCAUCGAACUCUGAAGUGAGUGAAGGACAGACCACGCUGCUGGACCCCCCCGCCUGCUCGAGCCCCAUCCAGAGGUGGGCAUCGCUCAUCAGGAGCCCUGUGGUGCCAGAGGAAAGCUCCAAAACAUCCAAAGUUGCUGAUGCACUCCAGAGAGCCAACAGCUUUCACUCCACAGCCUUAAAUAAGUGUCAGAAUUGGAGAAGAAAACUCCAGACAAGCUUUCCUCUGCUGUCCAGCAAGAAACCUGGGCUACACUGGAAGGACAGCUCAGGCAGCUGUCAGAGCGGUCCUGGAGAGGGUCAUUCCCAAACACAGUCGGCUUCUUACAAUAGACCACCAGAAACUACAAGAGGACAUUUGAAACCCUACAGCCCAGUAUUUCAAAGAAAAGAAAAAGCCAGAGAGAUGCCUGAAGACACAUAUUGCUAUGUCCCUCAUUGUUCUUUUCAGAGCAGCACCACGGGUUCUCCAAGGACCUCUCCUGGAAAUGGGAAACUGGUUGUUGAUUUUUACGAGCCUGAAGAUACAGAUAGUGACUCUGGGACAUACUCAGCCCAGGACUGGAAGGAAAAAACGUGGAAACAUAUCUCUGAACCAGAAGAUUUUAAUAAGAAGACAAAAGAGCUGUUAUCUCUGGAUUUGAAAGGAAAAGAUGGCAAAAAUACCAAGCACCCAGAAGAAAAGCCUGAGCAAGAAUUAAAGGAGGCAAAAAAGAGGCUGGGGCUUUGUACUCGACAGCAACCCUUGUUUGACUCAAAGAGAACAGACUUAGGUGGAACCAGGGCAGGGUAUCAAAACAGUGGAGCCCUGUGGACUACGGAGAAGAAGGAUGAUGACUGCAGAAAAAAUGUGUUCAAACGAUCUGGUUGUCCUGUGCCUCUUGAAAUUGCAGAUGAUGCUCUGCCAGCUUUGCCAGUUGACACAAAAGAGGCUCUGAGGAGUCUGGAUGCAGUUUCCAGGCAGCACACAGCCAGCCAGCCAAAAUCACCACUGCGGAUCAUUGCCAAUGCUAUCAAAAGGUCCAUUUUGGAGCCUCUAACCUCAACUCCAGGAGGACUGAAGCAGCACUCAGAGAGCAAAACCAAAGCCUCUUCAGAACAAGCUUUCUUCAGCUUCCCCAGUGCUCCUGGUUAUUCCCUAAGCCAAAGGAACACUAACAACAAUAACACUCAGAUACAGGAUCCUAAAGUAGGGGAGUGGGCAGAAGAAUAUUUAGGAGAUGGAAGUGCUUUCUCAAAUCCAUCUAAUUUUUCUGUCAGCUCCAAAGAGAUAUCUCUAAGGGAUUACAGUGAACAGGUAUCCCUCACAUCCUCCAGUCCUCACAUCAGGCUUCCCAACACAACCAGUAUACCUCAGAAAUCAUCUUGCACUAGGAUGGAGGAUGUCCCGGGACUCCUAGAAAAGUUUACCUUUAAAGACACUCCUCCAGGGACUCCCAUGGAUGACACGUGUAUCCGUAAGGAAAAAUCCACUCUUCUUUCAUCUCCAAAGCCCAAGAACACCUCCAAGGACAAUCUGGAUGACUCUGCACAAAAAGGUAGCCUUGGAUUGCUCUUCAGUAGACUGAGAAGUAAAGCUCAUGAAAGAGAAGGGAAUUCCUUGAUGUCAUCUCUGCUUUUCCCGAAGGACCAUUCUCCAGACGACAGGUUGUGCUACCCUUCCACAGGAUGUGAACACCUACCUGUCAGAAAACAAGCUAGUGAGUAUUCAACUUCGUCCUCUGAUGAUGAAUUUGAAUUCAAGCCUUCAUUAACACACAAGGCAAAAAGAGCUCUCAGGAGGAGAAGGAAGCUGGAGAAGGAGACAAAGCAGUUGAUUAAACAAGAGGAGCUGAAGAGGCUUCACAAAGCACAGGCAGUCCAACGCCAACUAGAAGAGUUGGAGGAAAGACAAAGAGCUCUGGAGAUUUCUGGUGUCGAACUGGAGAGAGAACUAAGAGGAGAAGCAGAUUCAGGCACAAAGGAUGAAACUCAGAUGCUACAUGAGUGGUUUGAGCUGGUCCUGGAGAAGAAUAAGUUAAUGCGUUAUGAGUCUGAGCUCCUGAUUAUCGCCCAAGAGCUAGAACUGGAGGACCACCAAAGCAGGUUGGAACAAAAGCUGAGGGAGAAAAUGGCCAUUGAUGACAGCCUUAAAGAUGAGGUGGAUCUGAAUGAGGAGGAUGAAAUUUUUACUGAGAUGAUGAAAGUGGUUGAAGAAAGAGACAAACUUGUGUGUACCUUAGAGGAGCAGAGAGUGAAAGAAAAAGCAGAAGACCAGCACUUUGAAAGCCUUAUUUUAUCCAGAGGCUACCAGCUGAGCAGGAUUUAAACAGCCACAUGCAAAUAAACAUCAUUUCAGCAACAUUCCCAAUCAUAGAGAUGCAGUCUUCUGAAAAAUGAAGGAAUUCAAAUUUAAAAUCAGCUUAUUUGGGAAACAUGUCGUUCUGUUAUCAGAAGCUUUUAAGCAGUUCUUUUGCUCAUACUGGAGUGAGUCAUUUCACUGGCAGCUUAAAGGAUCACUGGAAUACAGAUUUGGACUGAAUUUGCCUGUCUGAUGGGCAUCAGGGUCUGUGAAAGGGAAAUCAGAGCUCUAUUAUUCUCUUGGAAUUUUAUUUUCAUGCUGAAAGUAGAGUUUCUGAGGAACAUGAUGACAUCACUUUGUAUUUUUGAGACAGCAUUACUGUCCAUCUGUCUGUCUGAAUCUGUGUGUGGUUUUGUUAAUAUUUUGGCACAGCCAAGCCAUGGUCAACUAUGCAAAAGUCAGAAAACAAGCAUCUCAUAUAAAAAUAGGAUUAGUUUUUAUUUCUGGUGGAGGAAGAGUCAUUUGACUAAUGACUACAUGUAAGCACUCACUAAAACUACUGUAAAUGCAAUGUCAGAAAUUAAUUUUUCAGGUAUUUGUAAGUUUUAUUGCACUGUGUGUUUUUGAACAAGGAGUUAAAGCGAUAUUAAAUCCCUACAUUUUGUAAAAUGGUAAGGGAUUAUCAAAGGGGUGACUACCCUUCAAGCUGUUACAUGCUCAAAAAAGUUUCUGUAUGUCAGAGAUUAAGGUUUUUAAAAUACAAUAAAAGAUCAUUUAAAAAUAGUUGUCCAGACCCAACUGAUAUUUAUAGGGUAGCCUUAAUAUGGUAGACUUUACAAUUGCUUGAUAAAACACAUCACAAGUUGUACUGUAGGGAGCGAUGGCUGGUAUAGCAGUUAAAGAUCUCCCUGAGAAUAAUUCCUGAAAAGGACUGCAAAAAAUGUUGAAUUUGUAAUGCCAACAUUUGAUAGAAAAUGUUGUGGCUGUAUUUAAACUGCAUUUAUCUUCCUACUUAAGAAUAUAUGCAUAUUUUUAGCUUAAAGGAACUAUCUCCUAUCUUUUUUGUACAUGCACUUGUAGAUAUUGGCAAAACAGUUGUGCAGCAAUUCUCCUGAUUUAGGUACUUUCUUAAAUCUGAGGUAAUUCUGCAAUUUAAGAUUGGUAGUAUUCCCAACUAGAUUUCCAAACUGGAAAAAAACACCAAAACAAAACAAACAAAAAACAGAAACUGAAAGACUGUUUAUUUUUGAAUAUGAUUUUACCUCAUGCUCUGAGGAGAUUCGAUGUUCUCAUUAUUUCAUGAAUGGUGCUAACGUGCAGCAUUUGCCUACUGUACAGCCAAAGAUAGAAGCAUUCCUGUCACAAAAGCUUUAAACUAAAAAACCUCUUGGUAAGUACUUGUAGGGUAACAGACACACUGGAUCCUGUCACAAUAACUUAUGAAUUAUCUUCAGGUUUGUUUCUUUUUUUUUUUUUGUAUUAAAGAAAUUCGAAACACUCAUUCUAAAUAUAAAAGCAAGUUUUUACUAUUGGCCACAGAUAAAUAAUAUACCUCUGUUUGUGCAAGGACUAUGCUGUUGUUCUGCACUAUUUAUGUAUUCAUAUUUAUUUUUUAGACUGUUUAAAGAGGAUAAGUGCCUGGUUACAUUUUACAGUUUGGAUGUUGCCUCUGAUUUUGGUUGAAAAAUGUGUAUUUCUAACAGCUGUGUGUAGGAAAAGCUGUGCAUUGUAGAGUAGACAGCCCUAUCAAUUUGGUAAAUAAUUAGCAAUAAAAUAUGAAUUAAGAUUUUAAACAAGGUUCUCAGUUACCACAACUUGAAGGGAUACCCUCAAAACAUAGCAGGCAGGGCUUUAACAGUAUCAUUUGUCUUCCAUCACAGUGGAAAGACAGAGGAGAAUCCUUGAAUGUGUUCCAAAAUUACCAUCUUUGUCAAUCAUAGGCUAAGCAUGCCUGUUCUUCAGAUGACAUUUUUAUUGAGAUGAGUUGCAGUGAUUGAUUUUUUUAAACUAAGUCUAUUAUUCAAGAUUGAUACAAAGUAGGAGAGGCAGAGCAGCAAUAAAUAUUUGGGUUUUCUCUGUUGAAAUCUGCUGAUAUUUCCAGUUAGGUGCUGAAAAUUUCUGGGUUUUACCACUGUUGCUAGAAGCCUCAUGUAAUCCUGUAGAACAAGAUGGUCUAGAACAUCUAUCAUGGUUUUCUGAAGAAAAAUAGUCAUAAUAUUUUCAAGGUAUUUUUAAAAGUGAGAUUUCAGUUUACAGGAGAUACCUGUCCCGUUAUAAAACCAAAUACGAAAGGGUGCUUUCCCUUUAGCUCCAAAGUUUUGCAUUCCUUAGAGUAUUAGAGACAACAGAAGCUGAGGGCCAUCAGCACUUUAGGGGCUUCAAAAAUAUUCUUUGCUAAAAAAAUACUUUUUCUGGAUGCCAUGUGGUUGUAGUACAUGCUCCACCCAAAACUACGUGUCUGCUCUUGGGUGGAAAAACCUGUCAGGCUACUGUAACCCUGCCUGAUAUUAAGUACCUCACAAGAUUAGAACCAAAAAUAAACUGUGCAAGUGAUUUGGAAAAUCAUAAACUCGUAAUUGAGUCAUUUAAAGCAGGCCUUUGUGUAUUGUGAGAGUAGAGAAGGAGGUAAAAAAAAAAGGGAAGCUAUGUGCACUGUUCACAGGUCAAUUUGAUAUGGUUGGCUUGUAUUAGAAAUGUAUUUAAACACUGGUUUGGUUAUGAGUCUUCUUGCUGCUCAAUCUUUUCUGUGAAUUGGCUCACUAAUUUAUGAUAGAUUUGUUCAUUUUUAAGUUCUUGGCACUGUCAUUUUGGGGCAUGAUGUGAUGUGCUGGAAUGUAUUGAGUGUGUCUAAACGAACUGAAUGUGAGCAAUUUUCUAUUUGAAAAAAUAAAAUUCUAUCUCACUCUUUGAA